UGGCUAUUCAGUGCCAGGGAACUGAACACAUGACUUCAUAGCGCUUCUUUAUGCUUUGGAUUUGCGUUUCUGAACCAGACCAGUGCAGAGCCAAACGGAGAGGACUAGAUAGGAUCCUUCUCAAAUAUGGUGAAAAUGGGGUUUCUAAGCCUCGUCGCUGUUCUGUGCUGCGCGCACCUUGCGUAUGGAGAAAUCCACUCUAUGAAGUACUUCUACACUGCAACUUCAGGGAUUCAGACGUUUCCAGAAUUUGUCACUGUGCUGCUGGUUGAUGGACAGCCUGCCUCGUACUAUGACAGCAACAUCCGCCGAGAGACGCCCCGCCAGGACUGGAUGAAGAACGCUGUUGACGCUGACUACUGGGACAGAGGAACCCAAAUUAGCAUUGGAGACGAACAGUCCUACAAGGCUAAUAUUGAUAUAGCCAAGCAAAGAUUUAACCAAACAGGGGGUAUGCAUUCAGUUCAGAACAUGUAUGGCUGCCAGUGGGAUGAUGAGACUCAUGUCAUAGAUGGAUAUGAUCAGAAUGGUUAUGAUGGAGAAGACUUUGUUACUCUUGAUCUGAAGAACCUGCGCUACAUUGCCACAACACCAGAGAGUCAACUCACAGUAAACAAGUGGAACAGUAACCCAGGUCAACUUGCCUAUGACAAACAGUACUACACACAGAUCUGCAUUGAGUGGCUGAAGAAGUAUGUUGAGUAUGGGAGCAGCACUCUAGGAAAGAAAGUGGCCCCUGAGGUCUCCCUGCUCCAGAAGGGCCCUGAGGUGGCGUGUCAUGCCACAGGCUUCCACCCAGACGCUGUCAUGAUCACCUGGAAGAAGGAUGGAGUGGAGGUGGAUGAUGACGUGGAUGUGGGGGAGACUCUGCCCAACGAGGAUGGAACCUUCCAGAAGAGAUCCGUGCUCACCAUCUCACCUAAGGAGAGGACAAAGACUCAGUACUCCUGUGAAGUCACCCACAAGAGCGGACUCAUUGAGAAGAUCCUUGAUGAAGCUGAGCUGAAAACCAUCACACCAGGCUCAGGCCAGGCCCCAGUUGGCAUCAUCAUUGGAGCAUUUCUGGGUUUCCUUGCACUGAUUGCUUUAAUAGGAGGGGCUGUUUGGUACAAGAGGAGGAAUCCUGGCAAUGGCUUUGUUGCUGCUAAAACUGGAGAAAAUAGCUCUCGUUCAUCAGAUGAGGCAUAAGGGUUGAUGCUUCUGGAGAUGAAAGGAAGACAGCCAGACAGCUUAACAAAUCGGAGUUGAGAGUUGAUGUGGAGUCGAGGUCUACAAAUGAUGGUUUGAUAUGCACUUUUAAGUCAACAGAAAGAUCUUUAAUGGAAUUCAGUUUCAUGAAGUGCAAAGUGAAAACAACCUCCAAAGCAUUUAAAUUAGAAGUCUACAUGGCUUUCAGGGAAAUGCAGACUUAUUUUGUACAUUAAUUAUUGGUUUUGUUUGAUAUAUUGCUAGAUUUUUUUUUUGCUUUGUUUCAGAACAGAUAAGGCUGUAACUAUGACUGUUUAAAUUCUUUAUGUUCCCUUGACAGUCUAUAUGUAUCAGUAGGCUUUGUGAAGGAAUUUUAGUUGUUUUGUUGCUGACUAUAAUGAAUGAACUAUUUGGUAACCUGUAAACCUUUUCUUUUUAUUUGUCCAUUGGGCAUACGGUGUGUUUGAUUAUGGAACUACCUGGAUUUUAGCAAUAUUUUUGUUCUUACACUUACUUGAUUCUUAUAUCAACAUUUAGGUCUUAUUCAGAUUGACAUUGAACAUUGACAUGUUUCUAUGGGCAUUUUCACACCUAGUCCCCUUUAUAAGUGAACCAAACUCAGUGGACCAAAAAGUGAACCGACAGCAAAAGGACUUUUUGUUCAUAU